GUCUUAAUGAACCAAGACAAACAUAUUCUUCUUGGAAGUCUUUCUGUAAGAAUAGGGUCAUACGCAAGUGGCGUUUUUCACAGUGUUGGUCUUGACUCCUCAUACCAACGUAUCUCAACGGAAAUUGUACUUGAGCUGGCUGAACAAAGUGAUGGUUUGGAAAGAGCUCAAUUAUCAGCUUCUCGUCAGCAACUGGAACAAGGUUCUUUGCCUUCUCGUUCCAGUAGGACUAUUGCCUAUUUCUUGAAAUUUUUUUUCCGACACUUGUAUUUUCUUUCAAACCAUCCCGAGGGAGAUGACUGCACGCCGGAUUCUGCUUGUGGUAUACUGGGUUGUAAGUCUUGUGGCGAGUUUGAAACCGUAAAAAUGGAAACUAGGUUUAGACUACAUAAAGUAUUCGAAGAGUUGAAAGAGUCAGUAGAGGGAGAAACCGUUAGAGUUUCGAAAACAACAGUGAAUGAUGACUGUUUUGUUUUUUCUUUACCAGAUGAUUUGUAUUGCAGAAUACUGGAUUACUUGUCUGUACAGGAGGUUCGUUAUUUUGCAAGAACUUGCAGGAGAGCAAAGGAUAUUUGUGACUCAUAUAUAUCUGGCCUCAAGCUUACCUUACUACCACAUCAACGAAGAGCUUUGAAGUUUAUGUUGAAGAGAGAGAGAAAGGAAACAAGUUUUUAUCGAAAUCCUUGUUUGUAUUGUUUCCGUUUUCCAGAGAAUUUCAAAUUCUGGGACUCUUUUUAUGUAAAUUCUGUUGCAGGGACAAUUUCAUUGCAACCUCCCGGAAGUGAAGUGUUUGAAGAUUUUCGAGGUGGUCUCUAUUGUGAUGAACCAGGUUUAGGAAAGACUAUUACCAUAUUGGCGCUUAUCUUGAAAACUUUUAGACAAUAUGCUGAUGGACCCGCUGAGGAAGCCAUUUUUGAAAAGUCUUUGUGCUCUGAAAAUUCUAUUCAAGCCACCAAGUGUUAUAUUCCAAACGAGGCACUUAAUCCAGGACGUUCUGUGCCAUCAUCAAAUUUAUCGCCUUUGAUUUGUAAGCCGCAGAUUUUCAAGAAUCACUCAAGCGACGAUUCGAGUUCUCCGUCCCCUUCGAAGAAGAGAAGAAUUCAGCGACCGGUUCGUUACUAUGAUAUUGACAAAGUCAAGACAUCCAGCCCUCCUGCAUCAGAAGGCCCUUUGGUUUAUAUUUCUAGAGCAACCCUAAUUGUAGUUCCUUCUACGCUACUGUUACAUUGGGAAGAACAAUUGACAUUACAUAGUCGGGAGAAGAUUCGUAUUUUGGUUCACGUUGGCGAUCAUCACUUUAGGAUUUGUGAUGGUCGUUCCUUUAGAAGUUUUCCUCUUCAAUUAGUGCUUCACUAUUGUGACGUGGUGCUCACUACUUUUAGUCAAGUCCAACGUGAAUAUCAACGAGCAAAAUCCAAUGACGCCUCAUUAUUAAGUAUUCAUUGGUUUCGAGUGAUUCUAGAUGAAGGCCAUCGUGUCGGUGCAAGUUUGAGCUUGAACUAUACAAAAAUGAUUUGCUGUGCUUUACGUACAGACCGUCGCUGGAUCAUGACUGGGACACCAACACCGAAUACUUCAGUGAGUGACAUUGCACAUCUUGCUCCCUUGUACGAGUUUCUUCGAGACGAAGCAUUCGGAGUGGGAAAGAAUGUUUGGCUACAUUGCAUUCAAAGACCGUUUGAGGCAAAAGAGUUUGAGGGUCUGGAUCGUUUAAAAUUUUUAUUAAGAAGAACGAUGUUUCGCACGUUGAAGUCGGAAGUUGAAUUCAUACCUCCUUCUUACAUCAGUUACAAGCUUUUGGAUUUCUCUCCUGUUACUGCAUUGAGUUAUAAUGAACUGGUCUCAGUCAUUCAAAGAAAUCUUCUCUUAGCAGAUUUUAACGAUCCUGAUCAUACGCAAUCUCUUCUCCACCCCAAAAAUAGACAUGCUGCCCGACAAGCCAUCGAUAAUGUGAGAAAGUCUUGUUGUAUUGCGGGUCAUAUUAAGUUGUCCGUGUUGCAAGAGGACCUUAAUGAAACGCUUGGCAAGCUGCAACUGGAACUUCAGAAUUCAUUAUCUAGUGCAGAUGCAGAUAUAAUUCAGAGCCAUAUUUUAAGAAUUCAGAAAGUUUUGUUAGAAGGUGGCUUGUGUGAGUUGUGUUCAGAAUGGAUUCGUCUUCCAAUAGUCACACCAUGUUGUCAUAUUUUAUGUACCGAUUGUGCUUCAACAAGCAGAAAAUGUUGUCCACUGGAGAACUGUCAAAGGAAAUACCAAUUAGAUAAGAAGGAUGUUCCCGAAGAUCUUAUCGAAUUGCAGCCUGGGUUUAUGCAGGAAAAUUGGUAUCCGAUUUGGGAAGAAGUAGAUAGUGCCAAAGUGGACUACUUACUAUCAGCUUUAAAACAAUUGAAUGAGGAACCAAUUUUAGACAAUGGCACAUGGACCAGGAAGAAACGGAAAGUAAUCGUCUUUUCGCAGUUCUUGGAACAUAUUUUUUUAAUUUCGAAUAUUUUGGAUAGACACGGAUAUCGAUAUUGCCGUGUUCUGGGAGCGUUGUCAUAUCAAGCGAAGAUGAAUGCUCUUCAUCGUUUUCGACAUGAUUCUUCCUUUCAGGUUUUAAUUUUGGAUUCAACUGGUGCAUUAGGGCAUGACUUGAGUUUUGUUUCGCAUAUAUAUAUUAUGGAACCAGUUUGGAACCAAUCGUUAGCUUCGCAGGUUAUAAGUCGUGCUCAUAGAAUGGGAGCCAAAGAGCCUAUUUAUGUUGACAUCUUAGCUAUGAAGGGCACAGUAGAAGAGACGAUGGUCACCAAGUCCUUUGAUUUGAAAGAAGAUAUCACUUCUCGUGCGGAGACCAGUAAAGAAAAAGAAGCUAUUGAGAGAAAGAAACGAAGCUUUAUUCUCAAUUCUUUGCAUAUGGUCCGUGGAGUAGUUGAGAAUCAAAAAGUUCUUGGAAGGCGCACAAGUCUUGAAUUGAAAACGAAGUCGUUAAGUUUCCAUUUGCCGAAUCUCAACAAAACAUGAAGUAUUGUAGAAAAUUAAGGUCACUCUACAUAUCUUUAUAAGUUAUUUAUUUUGUCUUUUGAGGGAGCUGGUUCUUAGUUUAUAAGCUACUCCUCAGAACUGAUUUGUUCUAAUGUCAUGGAGCAUUUUUGAAUCCGAUAGCCAAUCUUGUUUCUCUUCUUACCUGAGUUUAUUACGCUAUGAAGUUUGUCAAAGAUCGUCGCUUGACUCUUUCUAAAUAGAAAUUUCUUAUUGAGCAGGCUUUCUCUAUUCAUUGCAACUUCUUUUAGAAACGGUACAUAAGACUCAACAUUGUGCUACGAUGAUUUUCAUCAUAGUUUGCUUUGACAUAUUCAUGAAGUGAUUCACCAUUCACUUUUGUUAUAUUUCUUUACUAUGGAAGUAGAAUGGAUUAUGAUCUUCUAGUUGCUUAUAAGCAAUAGGAGUGACCAUCAAUUCAAAGAAAGAUGAUUAAAGUUUUCCAUUGGUAAAAUGAUUGGAAGAUUCCCUUGUGCUUUUCUCGUGUCCUGUAGUUGUUCCGUUUUAUGUUUGAACAGAAAACGUUAUUUGGAGAAAGUUAUUCGUUUGUCAAAGAGGAAAAUUUGCUGUUC